GACAGCCGUCGGGGUAACAUCCUUGUUCUCGUCCUAGUCCUCGUCCUUGCAUUGCCCCUCAACAUCACGAAUACCAAAGUUCUCUCUCGGUCUCUUCAGUUUCAAUUUCAAAUUCGUUCCUCCUAUUAUCUCCUUGUUUCCUCCAUUCGUUUUCCUUUGCUCUUCUAUAUUUGUUCGUUUCUCAUCCUUUCUUUCCUUCUUUCGUUACGGAAAUUUGUUUAUCCUCGGUUGAAGGUCCCCGUUGACUCUGUUAAAAUCAUCCGUCGACGCGUCCUUUGAUUUGUUUUCGUCGUUAGUUUUCCAAUUUUCUUCGGGGACGAAUUGAUUUUUCAUUUUGUUACGAUUUAAGAUAAGUUCUUUUCCUUUCGAGUAUUUUUUAAAUUUUCUUUCACCGUUCGCAACUUGGGUGUCGAUUCAGUGUCUUUGGUUUGGAAAUUUGGAGGUUUCUUUCGAGAUUUGCCUCUGUCUGGGUACUUCGCAUUUUUCGAGGUAACACAUUUUUUAUUUCUUGUUCCCGUUUGAUAAUUCCGUUACAUCGUGACUUCGGUUACUUCAACUGCGUAUAGUACGUAUUAUAUUUUUAUCUCAGAGAAAUAGAAUUUCUUUCAAAUGUUUAUCUUCUUAUUUUUCCGAAUCUUGGAAAUCAUAAAUUUCGAAAGAAUCGUUUACUCGUUUUCAAACACAGAGAAAUGUAACUUCGUUCGCCCACGUUUACUCAACAUUUAUUUCGAAAAUAAUUUACGUCGGUAUUGUUUUUAAUCGGUAAUCGUAGGGCUGUCGCGACAGGAAAACAUCUCCCGUGCCUUAAAGUGCCGUCCAAAUUCGACCUGGUGACAAUAAGCUAACGCUUUCAUUUCACCUUGUUCUUUUCUUCUUUCUUUUUGUGGAAAAGGCCGUCCACGCUGCUCUCGUAACUCGUACAGAUGACUAUCUCGACUGGUCAGAGCCUUACCGAAACUGUGAUCUUUUUAACCGAUCGAACUCACCGUUCGCAGAGUUUCGAUCGAAAAAUUUCGUUUCACCUUUCGAGCUUACUUUUACGAAUUGGCUUCGUGCCCGUUGUGCGCGAACCAGUUGCCUUAAUUCGAGUUUAAGGGUCAUUGAAACUUUAUCCCUAUCCCGACAUUCUCCUCCCCUAUUCUCCCUCGGAUUUUUAACGAAAUUUCGACGAAAACCUCGUCCGUCCUCUUCUGUGCCUUUCGAACUUCACAAAACUUCUCUCUCUCUCUCUCUCUCUCUCCGUUCUCUUUAUUGCGAAAUUGAAACUAGUGUCAAACACGCGCUCUUACACAUACACACCGAUACAAUCGUCGCAAAGAAGGAGCAAAACGGUGAGAAAGAAAAUUUCUGAAGUUUUUUGAACUGCUUUGUGCCGUUUCGUACGAAAAUCCAGCGACAAACAGAAGAAAUUCUGUAAUCCAAAUGGAAAUCGAGACAAACGAGUGCAACAUGAGUUUCGACCGUCGUGUGAUUCCGGUGGUUUUCGUGCACACAGAUCAUCCCAGGCAGCCGCAAUGGCCACCCUAUCCUUGCGUAUCUCCAUCCCGGAGAAAAACGCCACGAAGAUGAUGCAAUUCGACCCGAGCACAUCCAUUUACGACGCUUGCCGUAUUAUCAGAGAGAAACUCGCUGAAGCGGGUAACAUGGGCCAACCCAAGGACUACGGAUUAUUCCUUGCCGACGAGGAUGUGAAGAAGGGGGUUUGGCUAGAGCCGGGCCGGAAUCUCGAUUAUUACAUUCUGAGGAACGGCGAUCUUCUCGAGUACCGGCGUAAACUGCGGACCCUUCGAGUGCGCAUGUUGGAUGGAACGCUGAAGACGUUGUUGGUGGAUGACAGUCAGCCUGUCGCCAAUCUCAUGGUAGUAAUUUGUACGAAGAUAGGCAUCACGAACCACGAUGAGUACUCGUUGGUGCGCGAGUUGGCCGACGAGGAGACUGAGAACCAGAAGCCGGGCAAUUUCGGCACCCUCACGCUCAAGAGGAGAAAAGAGGAGAAAGGCGAGCGGGACGCGAAGAUGGAUCAGUUAAGGAAGAAGCUUAAAACCGACGACGAAGUAAACUGGAUAGAUCCCAGUAAGACUUUACGAGAGCAAGGGAUAGACGAGUCGGAAACGGUGCUGCUGCGGAGAAAAUUUUUCUUCUCAGAUCAAAAUAUCGACAGUCGAGAUCCGGUGCAAUUAUCUCUUUUGUACGUUCAAGCAAGAGACGCAAUUCUAGAUGGCACGCAUCCGGUUACUCAGGAAAAAGCUUGUAUUUUCGCUGGAAUACAAUGCCAGAUCCAGUUCGGUGAUCACAAGGAGGACAAGCACAAGCCAGGCUUUCUCGACCUCAAGGAAUUUUUACCGCAGUCCUACUUGAAGGUGAAGGGUAUCGAGAAGAAAAUUUUUGCAGAGCACAAGAAGCACAUCGGUCUCUCAGAACUGGAUGCCAAAGUGUUGUAUACGAAAACGGCAAGAUCUUUGAGUACUUACGGCGUCACGUUCUUCUUAGUGAAGGAGAAAAUGAAAGGAAAGAACAAGUUGGUGCCUCGUUUGCUCGGCGUCACCAAAGACUCCGUCUUGCGACUCGAUGAAAAAACGAAAGAAAUCUUAAAAACCUGGCCGUUGACUACCGUCCGACGUUGGGGAGCCUCUCCGAACACGUUUACGCUCGACUUUGGCGAUUAUUCUGACCAAUAUUACAGCGUACAGACUACAGAAGCGGAACAGAUACUUCAGCUAAUCUCUGGCUACAUCGAUAUCAUUCUUAAAAAGCAAAAAGCUAAAGAUCACUUUGGUAUCGAAGGAGACGAAGGCUCAACGAUGGUUGAAGAUAGUGUAUCGCCAUUGAAAGCAACGAUCAUGCAACACGAAACGAGCAACGUCGGCAAAGGAAACGUGGAAGCUGUGUCAGUUGCUAUACCUGCGGUUAUGAGAACCGGUGCAGACGGGGCUCGACCAUAUGGGACCGGGCACAUGGGCGGUGCUCAAUACACGACUGUCAGCGGCCAGGUGAACAUCGCUCACGCUCCACCGAUGGUGCAACAAACCAAGGUCACAUCCGUCCUGUCCGAACCACAACGUGCCUUACUGUCGACUAUCACCGCUGGUCACGAGGUGAUCCACAUCGCGGAGACGGAGCUGUCCUGCAAGGCUCAGCUUCCAGAACUGGGCAACGAUCCGACCUCGUUGAAAUGGAUCGAACAGACGAUCGAUACGCACAAACAGAACGUUGGCUCUCAGAUCGCGGCGAUGAACGCCGCGACAGCUCAGGUGGUCACCUUGACUUCCGGUCCAGCCGACGACGUGGAUCACACAGCGGUAGGUGCAGCUAUCACAACGAUCGCAACCAAUCUGCCGGAGAUGACGAAAGGCGUCAGAAUGAUCGCCGCCCUGAUGGAUGACGACUCUUCGGGAGACAAACUGCUGGAUGCAGCAAGGAAGCUGUGCUCCGCCUUCUCCGACUUGCUCAAAGCCACCGAACCUGAAACUAAAGAGCCUUCCUACGUAGCGCUUUCUUCCUCCGAACGAUACCCGAGACAGAACUUGCUGAACGCCGCAUCCCGUGUUGGCGAGGCAUCUCACCAGGUGUUGACAACGAUUGGAGAGGAAAAUGACUCGAAUCGAGAGCUCCAGGACAUGCUAUUGGCAUUGGCUAAGGCCGUAGCCAAUUCAACCGCCGCUCUGGUGCUCAAAGCAAAGAAUAUCGCAGCCACUUGUGAGGAUUCAGCGACUCAAAAUCGUGUAAUCUCAGCCGCCACCCAGUGUGCAUUGGCCACAUCGCAAUUAGUUGCCUGUGCAAAGGUCGUAGCUCCAACUUUGCACUCUCCAGCUUGUCAGACGCAGCUGAUGAACGCAGUUCGUGAAGUGACAAAGGCAGUCGAAGGUCUCUUGGAAGUCUGCAAUGAAACCUGCAGCGACGAGACUCUUCUGAAGGAGCUAAAUGCUGCUGCCACUGAAGUUAAAACGCGAGCCAGGGAGGCAUGCGGCGGUCUGGAAUUAGAUGCAGCAGAAGAAUUGAUAAACAGUUUGAAAGACGAGUUAAGAGAGUUCUACAAUGCCGUGGAAGCUGCUUCUCUAAGACCUUUACCCGACGAGACACCAGAGUCCACUGCUCUCCGACUAGGUGCUACCUCGAAGAACGUCGGAUUCGCUAUGGCUCAGCUUCUAUCCGCUGCUAAGCAAGGAAACGAGAAUUACACUGGAAGCGCAGCUCGAAAGACAGCGUCCGCCCUCAAAGAUUUAACUUAUGCCGUUCGCGGAGUGGCUGCUACUUCGCAUCAACCUGAUACGCAAAAGAAAAUCUUGAUGACCGCCGAUGAUGUUAUUCUAAAGUCGUUGAGACUGGUUAAAGAAGCUCGAAGAGCUCUGAAGAACGCUGACAGUGUAGAGAACGAAGCUAAUCUGGCUGCAGUUGCCAAGGAUGUGUCGAACGCACUGAAUAAAUGUGUGUCUUGCUUACCUGGACAAAGAGACGUAGACGAUGCAAUUAAAAAUAUCGAAGACAUGACUCAGGUCCUUAGCAUGAACGAGUUCCCACAAACCAAUAAGAGUUAUGGACAAUUGCAAAGCGAUCUAAACAACGCAGCUGCGAAUUUGAACGAUGCUUCUUCAAACGUGGUGUCGUCAGUACGUUCUCCAGUGCAGUUAGCUAAUUCUUCCAAACAAUUCACCAACGCUUUUGGAGACCUGUUGGGCGUCGGCAUGGAAAUGGCCGGUCAAACAGCUAUCGAGACUCGAAGUCAGAUGGUGGUUUCUUUGAAGAACGUCAGCAUGACAUCCAGCAAGCUUCUGGGUACUGCUAAAUCCGUAGCAGCCGAUCCGGGUGCUCCAAACGCGAAGAAUCAACUAUCAGCAGCUGCACGAGCCGUCACAGAUUCCAUCAACUAUCUCGUCGAUGUCUGUACCUCGGCUGCGCCUGGACAAAACGAGUGUGACAACGCUAUCAGAAAUAUCCAAUCGAUGAGGUCGCUCCUCGAUAAUCCUAGCCAACCAAUUUCUGACGCGAGCUACUUCGAAUGUCUAGAGACCGUGAUGGAAAAGAGCAAGAGCCUUGGCGACGGAAUGACGGGCAUAGCUAACCACGCAAAGAAAUCAGAGCACGAACAAUUCUCGGUAGCAGUUAGAGGGGUCUCUUUGUCAAUCUGCGGACUGAUAGAAGCAGCAGCUCAGGCUGCUUAUCUAGCUGGCGUAAGCGAUCCAACAUCGGUGGCUGGAAAACCAGGCUUGCUGGACCAAGCUCAGUUCCUCAGAGCUGCACAGGCCAUUCAUACCGGCUGUCAAAGUCUUGGAAAUCCUACAAGUACCGAACAACAAGUCCUUUCAGCUGCUACCAUGAUAGCAAAGUAUACGAGUGCUCUCUGCAAUGCUUGUCGCGAAGCAUCGAACAAGACCAGCAAUCCUGUUGCUAAACGUCACUUCGUUCAGUCAGCCAAGGAUGUUGCCAAUUCCACAUCAGUCCUGGUGAAAGAAAUCAAGGCGCUGGAUCAGAAUUAUUCCGAGGCCAACAAGGCGAAGUGUGCAGAGGCUACCAGGCCACUUUUGGAAGCGGUUGACAACCUGUGUACGUUUGCUGGAUCUCCAGAAUUCGCUAGUCAGCCUGCAAAGAUAUCCGUCACAGCUAGAGCUGCCCAAGAGCCAAUAACUAGCGCCGGUAAAGCUAUUAUCGAUGGUUCUUGCGCGAUGGUGCGAGCCGCCAAGAGUCUCGCUGUCAGUCCAAAAGAUCCUCCAACUUGGCAAUUAUUGGCAAAUCACAGCAAGAGCGUGAGCGAUUCGAUCAAGUCUCUAGUCGCUUCCAUACGCGACAAAGCACCUGGGCAGAAGGAAUGCGACGUUGCGAUCGAGAAACUAUCAGCUAGAAUUCGAGAACUGAAUGCCGCGUCUUUCAGUGCUGUUUCACAGGCGCUGGUUUCACGAAGAGAGAAUACGAUGCAAGGAUUCACGGAUCAGAUGGAGACCAGUGCUAGCGAGUUACGAGAAAAAUUGGAACCUCUUCGAACAGCUGCCAAAUACGAGGCUGAAAACGUAGGACAUGCCGUCAAUCAGAUUGCUUUGUACUGCGAGCCUCUAGUUUCUGGUGCUAUCGGUGCUGCUUCAAACAUGGUGCACUCGAAACAACAGAUAGUGCUACUGGAUCAGACGAAAACCGUCACCGAGUCUGCUCUACAGCUUGUCUGCGUGACAAAAGAAUCUGGUGGUAAUCCGAAGGCAGUUAAUCUGCACACUGAAGUUGACGAGACAGUGGAAUCCAUGAAAGAUGCGCUGCAGGAAUUACAAAACACUUUGGAGACAAUUUCGACAUCUUAUGGAAUCGUUACUGGGCUAAUCGACGCUAUUUCUCGAGCCAUGGUUAGAUUGGAAGAUCACAGAAUGUCUACGAUCGAUACAGUGGAUUCUUACGUGGAUUAUCAAACGAGAAUGGUGGAAGCUGCUAAGGAGAUCGCUCGGCUGGCGCAGGAAAUGUCAACAAAAUCUAGCACCGACGUAGCCAGACUAAGUCCCCUUAUAGUGGAUAUCUCCCACAAGUACACUCAGCUAGCCCGCGAUACGUCCGGCGCUUCAGCGGCCGCAUCUAACGCUGACGUGUCUGCGAGACUUCGCGCAAGCGUCCAAGAGCUUGGCAAAGCCUGCGUAGACAUCGUUAGAGCUGCAGGAACCUGCCAAAUGUCACCAGGCGACGCUUACACUCAAAGAGAAGUCGCAGAGCACAGCAAGAUAGUCACGGAAAAGGUAUCUCAGGUGUUAGCUGCGCUUCAGGCUGGUUCCAGGGGAACUCAAGCUUGUAUCAACGCUGCAAGUACCGUGUCAGGCAUUAUCGGUGACCUGGACACCACGAUCAUGUUCGCCACUGCUGGAACCUUGCACGCAGAAAACGAAGGCGACACCUUUGCCGAUCAUCGAGAGAACAUCUUGAAGACAGCCAAGGCUCUCGUUGAAGAUACGAAAACGCUAGUAGCUGGAGCAGCCUCGUCUCAAGAGCAACUGGCAGUUGCAGCGCAAAAUGCCGUGUCGACUAUCGUUCAACUUGCCGAAGUGGUUAAAUACGGAGCUGCCAGCUUGGGCAGUCAGAAUCCCGAGGCUCAAGUAAUGCUAAUAAACGCGGUAAAAGAUGUGGCUUCUGCACUCGGCGACUUGAUACACGCCACUAAAGCAGCCAGUGGCAAACCUAUCAACGACCCCAGCAUGGCCCAUUUAAAGGACUCUGCCAAGGUGAUGGUAACCAACGUGACGUCCCUGCUGAAGACAGUGAAAGCUGUCGAAGAUGAGCACACUCGUGGCACCAGGGCUCUGGAAUCAACCAUCGAGGCGAUAGCUCAAGAAAUACGCGCCUUGAACACUCCAGAGACGCAGAAGAUCAACGUGACACCCGAAGAUCUGGUUCGAUGCACUAAGAGUAUCACCAUUUCAACCGCCAAAGCUGUAGCUGCCGGAAAUAGUUGUAAACAGGAUGACAUAAUUGCGGCUGCAAACAUGGGACGAAAGGCUAUCAGCGACAUGCUGACCAUUUGUAAAGGAGCAGCGUAUAAUUGCGCAGAAACAGCUGAAUUGAGAGAAAGAACUCUUCAGGCUGGUCACGACGUCGCUCUUAAUUAUAGGGAAUUGUUGCAAGCUAUAUUACAAAUAUCUUCAAGAUCUGGUGAUGCGAAACACACUUUGCCACCCAUUAGUAGAAAGAUCGCUCAGAGCGUUACCGAGUUGGUGGCUGUGGCUGAAUUGCUGAAGGGCACCGACUGGGUGGACCCUGAUGAUCCGACGGUCAUUGCAGAAAAUGAGUUACUAGGUGCUGCAGCCAGUAUCGACGCUGCCGCGAAGAAGCUUGCCAGCUUGAGACCUCGGAGAAGUAUACAGGAGGCAAACGAAGAUAUGAACUUCGACGAAAUGAUCCUAGAAGCAGCCAAAUCGAUCGCAGCCGCUACAUCGGCUCUUAUAAAAGCAGCCAGUGCAGCUCAAAGAGAGCUUAUCGCAACAGGAAAGGUUUCUCGAACUCCCCUAACCAGUUCCGACGAUGGUCAGUGGUCCGAAGGUCUAAUUUCUGCCGCAAGAAUGGUCGCAGCUGCAACUCACAGCCUCGUUGAAUCUGCAAACGCUCUGGUACAAGGCGUCAGCUCCGAAGAAAAACUAAUUUCCAGCGCGAAACAAGUAGCCAGCAGUACGGCACAAUUAUUGGUCGCUUGCAAAGUAAAAGCUGAUCCAGAUAGCGAGAGCACGAAACGUCUGCAAGCAGCUGGAAAUGCUGUGAAACGCGCCACCGACAAUUUAGUACGAGCAGCCCAACAGGCUAUUCAGCAAGAAGAAGACAGAUCUUUGAUCCUAAACCGUAGAAUGGUUGGAGGUAUCGCUCAGGAGAUAAACGCCAGAUCAGAGGUCCUUCGCAUCGAGAGGGAACUGGAAGAAGCUAGAGGAAGACUCACUGCCAUUCGACAGGCCAAGUAUAAAAAUCGUCCAGAUUUAGCUGACACCGAUACCGAUGCCGAACAGAGUGGCUACGAGAGCACGACUAGAUACGAGACCAGAGCUUAUGAAACUCACAAUCAGUCACAGAUGAAUUACAGCACGUAUCAGCAACAUUCUACAACGCACAAUAUUGGCCAACUCAGUUCCGACAGACAAACUCUGGUUAGCCCGGAAAAAGUUUAUUCAACGCAGAGCACGUUAGAAAGGAAAAUGAAAGAGAGUCAGUAUCGGUCUACAAUGGAAAGUCAGUAUGGGUCGGUGGAGAAAAAAUAUAACGAAAGUCAAUACGAUAGACGGUAUGUUUCGGACAGUCCAUACCUUGUUACCGAAAAGAAGGUGACUAUGGAAAGUUCAUCCGGUCAGUACAGUUCUAUCGAAAGGAAGAUCAAUAAGGAAAGUUAUAAUACCGAGGCAACCAUGUUGUAAUGAUCGCAACAUCUUUUGCAAGUCAAUUCAUUAACAACAAUGUUUAGUAUAAUGAUAAGACAACGAAAAACCCAAUAACGAUCGUUUACACAAUAUCAGCACGUGCUCAGUUGAGAAUAAAUUAAGGACUGCCUUCUAGGACGAAAAUGACAAUCUUUAAAAAAAAAAAAAAAAAAAAAAAUA